UCCUCCGGAUCCACCCGCUGUUUUCACGCGGCCCGAAAAGAGCCAGAACAAGGAAGUGCUGACGCAUCGGGUCCCACAGAUAAUCCCCGAGGCUAGCCACCCGGACGGCCCACAGAUCUGGGGCGAGGACCAGACCGGAAAUGGUGGUUUCUAUGGUAACCCCUGAACAGGUUGCCUGGGAGAUGACCCCUUUUGGUCUCUUUGAAUCUUAGCUGUUGCAUUACCUCGAAGGAGGAUCGAACAUCCUGGACUGUUUCCUGCCAUGAUUCCUGGGAAAUACCGCUCCGUUUCUGGCCGGGCUACAAACAACGUGAACUGUGGACUUCAUCUGGUUAUUCAAACGUCGUCACUUUCUGACAAAAACAAAGUUGAAUUCAAGCUUAAUAGAGAAACACCAUCAUUUCCUGGUAGACUGUUACAGCAUGACCUGGAGAGAAACUACUCAAGUAGACAAGGAGAUGGAAGAGUAAUAAGUCCUUCGCCUCGUAAUAAGUCAUCAUGCAUCUCAUCCACAACUAACGUGACAGAACUCUGUGGGCUGGACAUGAGAACUGCCACAACCUCCUUGUCAGCAUUUGGAGACUCUUCCAUUCAGACACCUUCAAAGCCCAGAAUCCGGCAGGGCUGUCAUAGUGCUGGCCCCAAUGUAUCUGGUGAUCACAUUAAUCUGGUGAGCUCAUCAAUGCCAUCAUUUCCUAUUCUCCAGCGUUCUUCUGAAGAGAAAACUCUUUACUCAGACAGGCUGACCCUAGAAAGACAAAAGUUGACUGUGUGCCCUAUCAUCGACGGGGAAGAGCACCUUCGUUUGUUGAACUUUCAGCACAAUUUUAUAACUCGGAUCCAAAAUAUUUCUAAUCUACAGAGGUUAAUAUUCUUGGACUUAUAUGAUAACCAGAUUGAAGAAAUUAGUGGGCUUUCCACUCUGAAAUCCCUUCGUGUCCUCCUGUUAGGGAAGAACAGAAUCAAGAAAAUCUCAAAUCUGGAGAAUCUAAAAAAUUUAGAUGUCUUGGACCUUCAUGGAAAUCAGAUUACCAAAAUUGAAAAUGUUAAUCAUUUGUGUGACUUGAGAGUUUUAAACCUUGCCAGGAACCUCUUGAGUCAUGUUGACAAUCUCAACGGUCUGGAUUCACUAACAGAACUUAACCUUCGCCACAACCAGAUCACCUUCGUGAGAGAUGUGGAUAAUUUGCCCUGCCUCCAACGCCUCUUCCUCAGCUUCAACAAUAUAACUAGCUUUGAAAGUGUUUCCUGCCUUGCUGAGUCAACUUCCCUCUCAGACAUCACCGGUGUCUCUUCUGAAGAAGAAAGACGCGUGGCAUCUGUUGUGGCCAAAAAAGAGGAGGAGAAGAAGAGGGAGAGUCACAAGCAGUCCUUGCUGAAGGAGAAGAAAAGGUUAACAAUUAACAACGUCGCUCGGAAGUGGGACUUGCAGCAACGAGUAGCCAAUAUCGCCAUCAUUCAGGACAGAAAGGACUCUGAGUCUCCUCCUCAGGAAUCCUGUCAGAUCGAUGGAGGCACCAUCUCCGCAUUUCCCGAGGAAGCAGGGUCUCUAGAUGCGGGACUCAGCAGUGCGUUACAAGGCUUGUCUGUCACAGAAACACACUUGGUGGAGCUAGAUGGAGAAACCCUGUCACUGUAUGGCUCAGGGGCGCUGGAAUGCCUAGAUCGUAACUGGAGUGUUCAAACAGCUGGCAUGGUCACCACCGUCUCAUUCACGUUCAUCGAGUUUGAUGAAAUUGUCCAAGUACUUCCCAAACUGAAGAUGAAGUUUCCAAAUUCUCUGCACCUUAAGUUCAGGGAGACCAACCUCGUGAUGCUGCAGCAGUUCAACGCCCUCGCGCAACUUCGUCGGGUUGACCAGUUGACAAUCGAUCCUCAGGGAAACCCAGUGGUGAACUUCACACUCUGGAAGUACUACGUGCUGUUUAGGCUCAGCCACUUCAGCAUGCAGAAAAUAAAUGGAACAGAGGUGACACAAAAUGACAUGAUAAUGGCUGAAAGGCUCUUUGGAAUCCUAGCACAUGUGGCAUCCUCUGAGCUGCCCCAGUACCGCAUGAUUUCAAUUCUGGGUGAUGCCAGGAAAAAGCAGUUCCGGUAUCUGCUGGAGAACAAAUGUAAAAAGCCUGGCAUCCUCUGUGAGGAGACGAGUGACAGCAAGAGAUUAAUGGGGGAAAACAUGAACCGCGCUACCCUGAAUUACACCACCCGCGAAUUCUACCACGAGAAGCUGGAGGAAAUAAAGGACAAGAAGAAGUUCUGCAGGUUGUAUGUAGAAGACCUGGUGAAGGAAGCCACAGCCAUCAACAUGAAAAACGAGGCUCUGCAGAAGCUGUGGCCACAGAUGUUCAUCGAGCUUGUCAGGGACGCCGUCAUAGAGAUCCGCAGCAAGGACUCCUACAUGAAGCUCUGCCUGCAGCAGAUCACUGACCAGAAAUAGGGAUGGCUCCUGCUUCAGACGUGGGCAGUUGGAGCUGUCUUAAAGUUGGGCAAGAUACAGGUUAGACAUGAUGAGACAUCACCACUUCCGCACAUACUAGAAAGAGCGGCCUCAAAGCCUCGCCCCCUGCACUGUUGAGGAGGAGGGAGGCAGGAGAGAGGGGGACUCUUUCCCACGCAUGCUGACCACACAACCUUGGGAACCCGAGCAGCGACUGGAGAAGGCCUGGCUGCUGGGUCAGAAAUGCUUCUCCAGCUCCUGCUCUGACUGGUGUGCCUGCCCCCGUCCCAGGCACAGUGCGUGCUGAUGGGCAAGCAUGAGACGCCUCUACCAACCUCCAGCUGAGACUUUUCUCUUAUUUUGCCUUUUUAUUUUAUGUCAUGAUUUCAAAGCCAAGCUUAUGUUCUUUUUUAUGAGUGAAAAAUAAAUACAUUAGUAAAAAAAA